AUGCAGGAUAGUCCGCGUAUGCAACAGAGGUCCACCGGCGAUCAGCAGGACUCUGCCGUUUCCGAGCACACCCGCAACCUCGCCAUCAUCCUUGGAUCCGUUCUCGGCGGAUGCGCUGCGCUCCUCAUUGUCGGCAUCGUGCUCUUCAUUUUGCGGAGGAGGAGAACGCAGGGUUCUUCCAUCAUCUCCAGAGCGGUCACGCCAUUGGACGACGCCGAGUUUGAAUCGUGGCGCCGGCCGAGCAAACAACUCCAAUGGCGCGAGAAGUACAACGUUCUUCCCGAACCACCAGCGCCUGCUCUCACGCGCAUGCCAACAUCCUCGCGCCGGAAUCGCCACAGCCGACAACUUAGCCGACUCAGCCAGCUGACCGAGAAGGAGCUUGAGGAUGACACCCCGAUGUACUCAUACCGGCCAAGCCGCACCCCCGAACCCGGCAUGAAGGCCCCAGAACACGUCCGAAACAAAUCCAGUCUCUCGCUGCAAGACCGCCCGCCGACACCCUACUCGCCGACCUCGAGCAAGGAAUCACCCAAGUUUCCGACACAGCCAACACACACAAGACCGAAGUCCGUGUCGCAGCGCACCAAUCACGUACAUUACCCCUCCAUGUCUGAAGCCUCGGAUUUUGACUUUGGCUUCCAACAGAACAACAUCAACCAAUAUGUCGACAAGAUCUAA